CUCCAUCCUUCAUCAACAAAUCUCCUUUCAUUUAAUCAAGUAAAAAAUGGUUUCAAAGAGAUUCCUUUUUAUUGUUGUUGCUUUUGCAAUUGUUCUCGUUACAUCUGAAGUUGCUGCUGCUAAGGAAUUGACUUCUAAACAUGAAAGUGAGGUAAAAGAUGCUAAGCAUGAUCAUGAUGACCAUGGGUAUGACAAUGAUUACGGACAUGGAGGGUAUGACAACGGAUAUGGAGGGCAUGACAAUGAUGGACAUGGAGGGUAUGAUUACGGACAUGGAGGGUAUUACAAUGGCGGUCGACAUGGAGGAUAUUGCAAGUAUGGUUGUUGUGGCAAUGGAGGUUACUACAGUGGAGGAUGCAGGUGUUGUGACACUCUUGCAGAGGCAACUGCAUACAAACAAGCUCAUCAGGCACAAACUCAUAACUGAUCUAAUCAUCUUGAUCGAGCCAUGCAUCAUAUUAGUUACAAACUUUUAAAACAUACAUAAUUAUAAAACAUUUGUGUUUGUAUGCUAUAUAUAAGUCUACUAGACUAUUACUAUGUCUCCACUCAAUAAAAGAAACUUUGCUUGUGUAUA